GGCUGCAAAUAGACCAUGACACAUCUCAGUAUUAUCUGCGAAACUUUGCCUAGGGCGGGCACUGAGCUGACAAGAGAUAAGCCUCGACAUCGCCUCUGUCCAGCGCCGGCCGACACAGCAUCUAGUAGCGUCGCAAUGGAACCUCAAGAGCUGGUGCUGCUGGUCGUGGCUGUUCUGUGUGGCAGUGCCUCGGGGCUUCCCCUCAACAACCGCCCAAUUAUAGGCAUCCUAUCACAAGAACUAACGGAUUAUAUGAAGGAUAAAUUCCCAGGUAAUUAUACAAGCUACAUCGCCGCAUCGUAUGUCAAAUAUGUGGAAGAAGCCGGCGCUAGAGUCGUACCAAUCAAAAUUAACCAGACCGAGUCUUAUUAUGAAAGUGUGAUAGAUACUGUGAACGGGGUUCUGUUUCCUGGAGGAGCUGCCAGUUUCUCUGCGUCUGGAGGAUACGCUGAUGCAGCCUGGAAACUGUACCAACGUGCCGUAUCAAAAAACAACGCAGGGGAUUACUUUCCUGUAUGGGGUACAUGCCUAGGAUUCGAACUUCUGACCUAUCUUGCUACUCGACAACAUAAUAUCCUCACAGCAUGCGAUUCGGAAAAUGUGGCCUUGCCACUUAAGUUUAAGCUAGGGUACAAAAACAGUAGGCUGUAUGAGGAUGCCCCGAAGAAAAUUUUGAACAUCCUAGCAUCACAGAACGUCACUGUGAACUUCCAUCACUUCUGUGUUACUGAGACGAAUCUAACAGCAGUGGGAAUGGACAAAGAUUGGAAUGUUACGGCUGUCGACAGUGACUCGGAAGGUCUGGAGUUCGUGUCCAGCUUCGAACACAAACUACACCCCUUCUACGGGGUACAGUUCCACCCGGAAAAGAACUCCUUCGAAUGGAAGGCGACCAAAUACAUCCCACACACUGCCAACGCCAUUUUGGUGCAACAGUACUUUGCCAACUUCUUUGUAAAAGAAGCCCGAAAGAACCAUCACCAAUUUCCCUCGCAAGACGACGAGGAGGCAGCUUUGAUUUAUAACUAUCAGCCGACGUACACAGGGAAGAAUGAUUCUACUUUUGAACAAUGUUACUUCUUCAGUGACUGACAUUGGUUCAUUGUUUCGAAUGAGGUCAAAUGAAAGCCCGAAUUUGAACAGUCCUUAACACAGAUACCUGACUACUAAUGUGUACUGUAGACAACAGCACAAUGAAAUGAACUAGUUAUACACAAUAAAAUAAAAUGUAAAAAUAUGUUUUAAUAUCCCGCAAAUAUAACAUUCUAUGAAAAUAA